AUGCUCCCGCUUGCCGCCGCAAGGGCCUGCCUUUCCUUCUCAGCACCGUCACCGAGACCCCAAACCCUAGCGGCGCCUCCCUCCCCCCUUCCCCGUCGCCGCUCCACCGCCACGCUGCCCAGACCCGCCAGGAUCCCCCUCCUCCGCCCGCUCGGGGCUGGCGCGCCGGGCGCGUCCUCGCGGCCCGCGAGGGACCACGUGAUCGACUUCGGCAAGCACAAGGGCCAGAUGCUGGGCACGCUGUCGCCGUCCUACCUGCGUUGGGUGGUCGCGGAGCUCGACUACGGGGACACGUUGGUCUGGGCGUGCCUGGCGCGCGAGGUGCUCGACGACCCCGUCUACGUCGACCGCAAGAUGGCCGAGCGCUUCGGCUGGGAAGUCUCCGACGAGUACGGCUGGGGCCUCCUCGACUUCCGCCUCCUCGGCACCUCCUAUGGCGGUCGUAUCCCGAGGAAGACCGACAGGCGCCAGAGCACCGGCAGCGGCAGCAACAGAUCCCCCCGCGGCGGCGGUGUGCUGUUCGACACUGGGGCGGCCGACCCGGACGGGCCGAGGGGGAAGAGGGACGAGAGGAGGGAGAGGAUGUGGACGAGGAGGGAGGAGCAGGUGAGGACGGCGAAACUGGAUGUGCUCGGCGUGAACUCCGGCGCGAAAUCUGACUCCGGCGCGGACGAGGCUAGCACGCCGUUAACGGCAGUUAACGCGCGGUGGUGA